AUGGAAGAGAAGGGGUUUUGGUUACUGGCGAUUGUCCUGGUAUUGGAAUGCAGAAUCCUGAUUGAAGGAGGUGAAAUACCAAGAACAGCUGAAUGUGGUAUGAAAGUAAAAGAAAGAACGAACUGUGGUUAUGCAGGCAUUUCAGAAAAAGAAUGCACAACUAAAGGAUGUUGUUUUGAUGACAAAUACCCAGGUGUGCCGUGGUGUUUCUAUCCUCACCUCAGAACAGGUACAGGUCAAUGUGCUAUGAACGUAAAAGACAGAAAGAACUGUGGUUAUUCAGGCAUUUCAGUAAAAGAAUGCCAAACUAGGGGAUGUUGUUUUGAUGCAAAAUACCCAGGUGUGCCGUGGUGUUUCUAUCCUCACCUCAAAACAGGUACAGGUGAAUGUGGUAUGAAAGUAAAAGAAAGAACGAACUGUGGUUAUUCAGGCAUUUCAGUAAAAGAAUGCGUAACUAAGGGAUGUUGCUUUGAUGACAAAUACCCAGGUGUGCCGUGGUGUUUCUAUCCUCACCUCAAAAAAGGUACAGGUCAAUGUGCUAUGAACGUAAAAGAAAGAAAGAACUGUGGUUAUUCAGGCAUUUCAGUAAAAGAAUGCGAAACUAGGGGAUGUUGUUUUGAUGCAAAAUACCGAGGUGUACCCUGGUGUUUCUAUCCUCACCUCAAAACAGGUACAGGUCAAUGUGCUAUGAAGGUAAAAGAAAGAAAGAACUGUGGUUAUUCAGGCAUUUCAGUAAAAGAAUGCGAAACUAGGGGAUGUUGUUUUGAUGCAAAGUACCCAAAUGUACCCUGGUGUUUCUAUCCUCACCUCAAAAAAGAUUAUUAAAGAAAAUCUACCCCAGGAACAUACCCCAGGAACUUCUCUGUCAAUAGAACCACUGACGAAGGAAUGUGUUUAAAUCUUGCGAUUUCUACUCUAAUAAUUUUGAUUUCCAGGUCAUUCCUGUCUUAUACAAUGACACAGUUAAUUACUGGAUGGGGGUGGGGUUUG